UGUGUCGGAACCGAUCAUGCAUUGGUUGACUCAAAAGCUGAGCGACAGCGUUUGCGACGCCCUCUCUCCUUACCCCCAACUGGCUCGUUAGGAGCCAGGCGAUACCUCCACACUCAACGCACGCGGAGAGAUGGCAAAGUGGGCUGCGUACCUUGUGACGGUGGGCACCGAGCCCGGUGUUUACGACCAGUGGCCUGAAUGUGCCGCGAGAGUUAUCAAAGUCGAAGGCUCCAUCUAUAAGGGCUACAAAACAAAAGGCGAGGCGCUGGAUGCUUACCGUGCUGCUCUCGCCGAGGGUCGUGUAAAGGUAGUGCGCUCUGACGGGACGUUUGUACAGCAAGGCGUCCCCGCGGGUGCCCAAGUCCCUCCCAGCCGCAACCCGAGUAGUGCGCCGUCUCCCAGCAUCCCGUCCGCUCACACACCCAUGCAAGCACCCCAAGCGCCGACUAGUACCCGCUCUGUGUCACGCACUGCAGAGCUGCGCGUACCUCCAGCUGUACCUGCAACGAACAGAACGCCUCCCACUGCGGCACCCGCGUCAAGCGUGCAGUCUCCCCGGCAAGCGCCCGUGUCGAGGACCUCGUCCUCGCCGAAUGUGCUGCGGCAUGAACAUGGCCCGUCUCCUCGGCGCAGGGUGCAGUCAACCGCACAGUCGCCUGUAGGGCACGCCGUGCGAUCGCCUGCGGCAGCACCGAGAAGUCCUCCUACAUUUUCCCCACCGACUCAAGGCGGGCACAGGCGGGUCCACUCUACGCGAAACGCAACUCCUUCAGGCUCUAGACCCCAGCACUCAACGAACCUGCUCCCGCCGCCUUCUGCUGCCGAGCCUACCACCGGCGACGGAGGCUCAGACACCGAAACGGACACGGGCACUGGCUCGUCCCCACUGACGGGCGUGACGUACAUCGAGCCCGACUUCACCAACCUGAGCAUCAGCAGCCAUGCGAGCAGCCCCUACUCGGCCUCGCGCAGUGCGACCCCGCGCUCUGCGCGCUUUCGCAUGCGCGAGGGCGUGCAGUACGCGGACUCGGCCGUGCAGGCGACGCCUCCGCCGCGCGAGCGCACGCGGUCCGCGCAGAGUGCCGGGCCCACCUCACCACUCUCGUCUUCGCCCGCACGGAGCACAGGCAUCGCGCGGAGUCAGAGCGAGAGCGCGGCGCAGAUGCAUCGUCUGUUGCUCAGUCCGCAGUCGAGCUUGAGGUCUCCGGUCCCUCCGUCGUCGACACCGCCGUCGGCAUCCCGAUCUGCUGCAAGGCUGAGCAGCGCCGUGAGGUCGGGCCACGCGUCGCCCGCGUCAGGCCCGCUCAGCCCAUUAGCUCUAGGGUUGACCCAGCCGCUGCAUACGCCGGGCGUUGUAUACCCUGGUUCAGCGGAUCCUCGCUCGCCCAUACAGCGGAGCACGGCUGUGCCCACACGCUCUCCCGUGUUUCAUCGACCGUCGCCGCCCUCUGUGUCGCUCACUGGCGCACUCUUUGGGCCGUGAAAUUGGCUUCCUUGUAUCUGAUGAUUGUGUGUUGGUGGAUUACCACGAAGACAAAGCCUUCUUGCUAUCGAUGUACCACUGUA